GUGAGGGAAGUGCGUUGCUUGUGGGACGUGGACUGACAAUGGGGACAGUGUGCUUGUGAAAGACAAAGUAUCAAUGAUUGCUCAAGGGGAUGUUCAACUCUGUCCUCGAGCUCUGCUUGGCAGAUAUCUGGCAGGGAAGUCAUUUUUGUCGGCUCGUGGCUCAUGGCUCGUGCUCCUUGCAGAGUUAGGUCUCCGGCGCGCCGUGUAUCCACCUGCCCACUUCCUUCCAGCGGCCGACAACAAAACGUUGAUUCUAAGACUGGCGCGGCUUUCCAUUUUGCGGACGGGCACUGCUGUUCUCGCUCCAAGCUAUCGUUACCCACGACUCCUCGAUCCUUACCACUCCGAACCAGCUCUGUGUCGCGCUCCUCUACCCCGCAAUCCUCCCAUUGGGGACGCGUUUAGCCAGCUCCGAAUCGCUGCGAAUACCACCCACGGCACAACCCUCGAGUCGAGUUCGCGAUUGCCCGUCACCUGCACCGAAAUCGAAGACUCCACGCGCCGAGGUCACACACUCGCUACCGCCAACGCAAUACUCUUGUUUCUUCAAUAG